AAAAAGAUAAAGUGAGAGAUGCAAAGACAUAAACCCGAAAAAAGCGUGUUAAAUAAUCCACUGAUUAAACUUGUUUGUUCUGUCUGUCUGGCUCUCUCUCACUGUUACACUACUAGAAGCUCUCACUCAGAUCCAGCUUGACAGGCAAAGAUUUGGCAGUGGCUCUUGAUAACAGAGUUUGACAAUUGUGUUAGUCUAGUUAUUCAAGCUCGUUGCCGCUACAAAAGUUAUUGUAGAAUGAAUUGAAGUCUUCUUAUCUGGGAGAAGAUAAUGGAAGAAAUACAGUCACAGUCAGAUAAUUAUAGGUCUUCUUCAUCAUCAGCAAGCAGUCCAGCAAGUAGGGUGCCCUCAAGUAAUUUUUUCUACUUGCGCAAACCUGGUUCGCUCAGACAACCAAUCUCAUUUGAAGAUUCACCUGAAUGGGAGGAUACAGAUGUUGAUGUUAGGGUGGAAGAAGGAGGUGACUCCAUCAACAUUGCAACCACUCCGGUCUCCCCAUCACUUUCAAAGCUCAAUAGUGGGUCCUUGCCAUCCCCACCAUUACCGGACGGUGCAACUGUAGUGAGAAAGAUUGCAGGGGCUUCACUUGUGUGGAAGGACUUGACUGUUACAAUAAAAGGAAAAAGAAAGUACUCUGAGAGGGUUGUGAAGAGUUCAAAUGGUUAUGCAUUGCCAGGAACUAUAACAGUAAUUAUGGGUCCUGCUAAAUCGGGGAAGUCCACACUACUAAGAGCACUUGCAGGAAGACUGCCUCAAUCAGCCAAAAUGUACGGUGAAGUGUUUGUAAACGGUGCGAAAUCAUCGAUGCCAUAUGGUUCAUAUGGUUUUGUUAAGAGGGAAAUAAAUUUAAUUGGAUCUCUCACUGUUCGGGAGUUUCUGUAUUAUUCGGCACUCCUUCAGCUUCCUGGUUUCUUUUGUCAGAAAAAGAGUGUAGUAGAGGACGCUAUUCAUGCCAUGUCACUGGGUGAUUAUGCAAACAGAUUGAUAGGUGGCCACUGUUAUAUGAAAGGCCUUCCUAAUGGAGAGAGAAGGCGCGUUAGCAUUGCCCGAGAGCUUGUGAUGAGGCCUCAUGUUUUAUUCAUAGAUGAGCCUCUUUAUCACCUUGAUAGUGUCUCUGCACUUCUGAUGAUGGUUACAUUGAAGAAGCUUGCAAGUACAGGUUGUACUCUUAUAUUUACCAUUUACCAGAGCAGCACAGAAGUGUUUGGCCUAUUUGACAGGAUUUGUCUGCUUUCUAAUGGAAAUACCCUUUUCUUUGGAGAAACAUUGUCUUGCUUGCAGCACUUCUCAAAUGCUGGAUUUCCUUGUCCGAUUAUGCAAAGUCCUUCCGAUCACUUUCUGCGUGCAAUAAAUACAGAUUUUGAUAGGAUCAUUGCAAUGUGCAAGAACUGGCAGGAUGACAAUGGGGACUUCUCAUCUGUAAACAUGGACACGGCUGUGGCAAUACGCACCCUUGAAGCAACUUAUAGAUCAUCAGCUGAUGCUGCUGCUGUUGAAAAUAUGAUACUAAGACUCACAGAGAAGGAAGGUCCAUUACUUAAAAGCAAGGGAAAAGCUGGCAGUGCUACACGGAUAGCAGUCUUAACUUGGAGAUCGUUAUUGAUAAUGUCAAGGGAAUGGAAAUACUACUGGCUUCGACUUAUUCUUUGUAUCAUUUUUACGCUCUCUGUUGGUACAGCAUUUUCUGGCUUAGGGCAUUCUUUGUCUUCAGUUGUGACCAGAGUUGCAGCCAUAUUUGUGUUUGUUUCAUUUACUGCACUACUAAGCAUUGCUGGAGUACCUGCAAUUAUGAAAGAAGUCAAGAUAUAUGCGAGUGAAGAAUCAAAUCAACACUUGGGGGCACUAGUCUUUUUAGUUGGGCAGCUUCUCUCUAGUAUCCCAUUCCUGUUUCUCAUCUCUAUUUCAUCAAGUCUCGUCUUCUACUUCCUUAUAGGAUUGCGUGAUGAGUUCAGCUUGUUGAUGUACUUCGUGCUAAAUUUCUUCAUGUGCCUCUUAGUAAAUGAAGGAUUGAUGCUAGUUGUUGUUUCUUUAUGGCAAGAUGUUUAUUGGAGCACCCUGACUCUACUAUCCGUACAAGUGAUAAUGAUGCUAUCUGCGGGUUAUUUCAGAAUUCGAAAUGCUUUGCCCAAACCAGUGUGGACAUAUCCAAUAUCCUAUAUUGCUUUCCACACCUACUCUAUACAGGGGCUGUUGGAGAAUGAGUACCUUGGGACUUCCUUUGCAGUUGGGCAGGUACGGACCAUCUCUGGGUAUCAAGCGCUUCGAAGUGCAUACGACAUCUCUAUGGACAGUAAUUCCAAGUGGGAAAAUUUAUUGGUCUUGUUUCUAAUGGCAGUUGGGUAUCGUAUUCUCGUCUUUGGUUUGCUGUACUUUCGAGUUGGGAAAAAGGAGUUCCUGUAUAAGAUUUUCAAGUGUAAUCAGGAUACGAACAAUGCGAGAUGAAUGAAGUUGCCAUGUGCUUUAUUUGGUUCUCAUUUUGUAAAAUUGUCUCUGGCAUAUGCAAUUUUGCCUUGGAAAAACCGUUGAUGAAGUAUUAAUGAUAUGGUUAACACUUCAGGAAGCAGAUUCUGCUGUUAUUUUC